AUGUCUCUGAAGCAGGAAAUUGAGACCUGGGUGGCAGCCCUCGCCAGCUACGACAACAACGAGUUCGAUGAGGCAUUGAAAGUCUUUGACCAGAUUUCCGACACAUCCAAGAUCUUGUUCAACUGUGGUGUGAUCCAUGCCACACUCGGCGAGCAUGAGAAGGCGGUGGAUUGCUAUCAGCGCGCUGUGCGUCUGGACCAGUAUCUCGCCGUCGCAUACUUCCAGCAGGGUGUAUCGAAUUUCCUAAUGGGCGACUUUGAGGAAGCACUAGCCAACUUCAACGACACGCUUCUGUACUUGCGCGGCAACAACAACAUCGACUACGAACAACUAGGCCUAAAGUUUAAACUGUAUUCGUGCGAGGUUCUCUUCAACCGUGGUCUUUGCUACAUCUACCUGCAACAGAGGGACGCCGGUCUGCAGGAUUUGUCGUUUGCGGCCAAAGAGAAGGUUGUGCCAGAUCAUGACGUGAUUGAUGAGGCUAUUCGGGAGGAGGCCGAGGGCUACACGGUGUUCUCCAUUCCAGUCGGCAUCGUUUACCGCCCCAAUGACGCCAAGGUUAAGAACUUGAAAACAAAGGACUACCUUGGAAAGGCUCGCUUGGUCGCCGCAUCAGACCGCAACAAUGCAUUCACUGGCUUCGCUGGUGCCGAGAUCAAGAAGAUGGGCAACACAGCGACGGAUGACCGACCCGAGGAGAAGCUAUCGUUUGCCGCAACCAAUCUCGUCAAGCCAGAGCUCCAGAGCAGGGCGCGGCAACAGUCCGAACCACCAAUGAACCGCAAUAUGUUCCCACCAACACCACCACCCGAGGGUGACGGCCGAGGAUCAAAGGGCAGUAGCAAUGAGCCAAUGAGUCGAGCACAGUCCGUACGCGGAGGCGGACCUAAACCGCAACCAUUGAAUCUUGGAAGAGCUGCGUUCGACCAAAGGGCUGAAGAGCCGCGCCGCCAACCGACUCAGCGCUCUGCAUCUGAACGGCCUCCACCGAACCGGUCGGAGUCUAUGCGCAAUAGACCACGCGACAGGCCUCGUCGCCGUGGUUCAGAAGUGGACAUCAUCGAUGACUACAAUGAUGACAUCUAUGACUCGUACCAGUCUCGUUCCAGCCGGGGCCAAUACAGCCGCAGCUCGAGACAAGGUGGAGGAUCCAGAAGACCUGCAUACAUCGAAGAGGAGGACGAGGAUGACUACGAUGGGAGUGAUUUAGACGAUGCGGAAUUUGAGAUGAUGUCUCGAAACAGCAAAUCCCGAAGACGGUCACCAGCGCGCUCCUCGAGAUCUGGUGGUAGCGGCGGCGCCCGUGGUGUCGCAGGCAAGAUUCGAGUCAAGGUGCAUGGGGUCGACACUCGUUAUGUCUUUGUUACUGCGGACAUCACCAUGCGCGAGUUCUCGCAAUCGAUUAGAGAGAAGUUCGGUAUGAGGCAGAACUUCAAGGUGGAGAUCAAGGAUGAUGGUGACAUGAUCACUAUGGCCGACCAGGAUGAUUUAGAUAUGGCCGUUGACACGGCAAAGGAUCAGUCCAGAAGGACUGGCGAGACCCCCAAGUUGGAGGUCUGGAUUCGAGAAGUAUAG